CGCCGGAGCUCACACGCGCACGCACACCCAGACGACCUGGUCGCCUCUUCUCUGCCGGCGCUGCCGAGAAAGCCAGCCCUGCUUUCCCUUUCUGGGGCGCGGAGCUCAGCAAGCUUAGAGAGCAAGCUACAGUCAACCCAGAAGGCGAAGAAAGCCGGCGGACAAGCCUCCUUUCUCCGCUGCCUGCGCAGACUAGCGCGCCCCAUCCCCCGCCCGGAACUCCGAUCUCUCCCACCCCACCCCUCUGGGUUUCGCGCGGACAGCGCCCUGAGCCGGGUGUGCCCCCAGUUUGGAAUCCACGUUUCAGCACUUCGGACAGCACCCGGGCGCCCCGGCCCCUUUGGGUUGGCUAUGGCGAGCGUUCAGCAGGGCGAGAAGCAGCUUUUUGAGAAGUUCUGGCGAGGAACCUUCAAAGCGGUGGCCACUCCUCGUCCCGAGAGCAUCAUCGUUGCUAGUAUCACGGCCCGCAAGCCGCUGCCAAGGACAGAGCCCCAGAGCAGCCCCAUGGUCCCAGCCCAAGAUGGAUCUUCAGGAAAGCUGGGCCAACGUAUGUUCACCGAGGCCUUAGGCACAAACAGCUGGGAGAGAGACAAGGCCUGUCGGGAACUGGGUCCUGCCAGAGCACGCAGUGCCUCCCGGGACAGAGACUUGACUCCACCACCUUCCUCCAGGGGGAAGAAGAAAAAGAAAAAAUCAACCCGGAAGAAGAGAAGGAGGUCCCCAUCCUAUAGCCCAUCACCUGUCAAGAAAAAGAAGAAGAAAAGUUCCAAGAAACAUAAGCGACGCAGGUCAUUCUCCAAGAAAAGAAGGCACAGCUCCUCUAGCCCAAAGAGCAAAAGAAGGGAAGAGAAGAGGCACAAGAAACAAUCCCGAAGCCGGCCCCGAAAGUCUCACCGCCACCGCCAUCACCGCUGUCCCUCUCGGUCCCAGAGCUCAGAGUCUCGCUCCUCCAGCUAUGAGAGCAGGCACCGAGGCCGGUCCCCUGAGGAAGGGCGGAGGUCCCGCCAAAGGCACUCCCGCCGCUGCUCCAAGACCCUCGGCAAGGCCAGCCCUGAGGCCCGGUCCAGCCACCCACCCAGCCAACCUCUCCAGAUGCUCAGCUUCCUGUCGGCCAGGGGUGUAAUCACUGGGUCGGGGUCUGCCGCUGACCUCUUUACCAAAACAGCCAGUCCGCUCGCCACCUCCCGUGGACGCUCCCAGGAGUAUGACUCAGGCAAUGACACGUCCUCACCACCCUCCACGCAAACCAGCUCAGCCAGGUCUCAGGGCCAGGAGAAGGGGAGCCCUCGUGCGGGUCUCAGCAAAAGCCAGGAGCUCAACAGCGGCAACACCUCGGAUUCAGGGAAUUCCUUCACCACCUCCUCACCCCAGAACAAAGGGGCCAUUCUGGAGAAUCUCUCUCCCCCCAGCAGGGGCAGAGAGUCAAGAGGAUUUCAGUCACCAUGUCUGGAGUGUGCUGAGGUGAAGAAGUCUAGUGCGGUUCCAUCCACAGCCCAAAGCUCCCCUAUGAAAGAGUGUUCCCGCAGCUCUUCCUAUGCCAGCACCCGAUCCUCCAGUCAUUCCUCCAGAUCUCCAAACCCCAGAGCCUCUCCUAGGUACACUCGGAGUCGAUCCACCUCCUCUGAAAAAAGGUCCUACUCCCGCUCUCCCAGCUACUCCUCCAAGUCUGGCAAGAGAAGCCCGCCUAGCAGAAGCUCUCGGUCUCGCCGCAGCCCCAGCUACUCCCGCUACAGCCCCAGCAGGGAACGGGACCCCAAGUACAGCGAGGACUCGCAGCAGAGGGAGCGCGAGCGCGCGCGCCGGAGACGUCGGUCCUACUCGCCCAUGAGGAAGCGCCGGAGAGACUCCCCGAGCCACCUGGAAGCCCGCAGGAUAACAAGUGCCAGGAAACGCCCCAUCCCUUACUACCGGCCCAGCCCCUCAUCGUCCAGCAGCCUCAGCAGCGCCUCCUGCUGGUACAGCAGUAGCAGCAGCCGUUCACCCAGCCGCAGCUAUUCCAGGAGCCGCAGUGAGAGCCGCAGCCGAAGUCGGAGCCUGAGCCGGAGCCGGAGCAGGACCCGCAGUAGCAGCAGCUCCGGCUCUCGCAGCCCCAGCCUGGGUUCCCUGAGCCGGAGUCGGAGCCGGAGCCGGAGCCGGAGCCGGAGCUACAGCUCAGCAGACAGCUACUCUAGCACGAGGCGCUAAGCAAAGGUUGUCCCUUGAGCCAGCUGCUCUGGGGACUUUUUUGGCUCUGCCAGCCUCUCCUACACCUGUCCUCCUUACCUUCUUGCUGGUGACAGAUAUGCAGGGCUCCUGGACCCUGUCCUGCCUGCUUUCCUGGGGAGGAGGAAAUGAGGGCAUAGGGGCUGCACCUCCCUGUGUGAAGUUGCUAGGAGCCUCUACCAGCACCACCCUGGGGCUCAACUCAGGCCUGGGCAUAUGGAGAGAAUUUUUUUUUUUUUUUUUUGCAUCACCUCACCGUUUUGUGAGAAGCAGUGGGUCUGUGACUCAAAAGCUCUGAACCCGGCUAGCAAUGUGUGGAGACAACUCUGCUCACUCACUGCUUGAAAGAUGUGUACAGAAGGCCAAGAGCGACUCAUGCCACCUGCCCUUGUUUUCAUUCUUGCUACCAUCCACUCUCAUAGCUGCAUGUUUAUGGGCCCCCAUUCCAAGAACAGGUGAGAAUGGAGGCCAAGGGCAGUUGAGGUCCGAGGUAAGCAGCCAGGCCUUUAAUCUCCCUAGAUGGGCAGAGCUAAGCCUGGGGGGCCUUGGGUCCUAGAAGAGAGGACAAGCAUAGGGGACAUGGGCAUCAGAGAUGGCGGCAGAUGUCAGGGGAUUAGAGAUGAGAUCCCUGGUUACAAGUGUAGAAGCAAAAAGGCAGAGGUCACCUGUUACUUCCAAUAUGCUAGCGUGGUCAGGAGAAGGAGCCCAUCAGGUCCCACUGGCACAGAGCACAGGCCACUCCAUGACUCACACAAAAUACUUCCUGGUUGUUCACAGGGUCCCUGCCACCCCACAGGAAGGGAGCUAGUGGAACAGUCAGGACAGCCCUGACUACUGACCUGCGUCCCCAGUUUGCCUCAGUCCUGCUAGCUGGCACCGAUUUAAUUCCAUGGGACCAUCUGCUAAACAUUCCCCGGUGCCAUGGCCAGCUGCCAGCCCCCAGCGCCAGCCAGUCUGGCCUUGCCCACCAGUUGGCGCCUGUCCACCCCCUCCCCACUCCGUAGACUGCCACACCCCAAUGCUACCCGGGGCAGCCUGGCACUUCCCCUCCCACCCUUCAGCCUAAACCAUUCUCCUUGCCUCAGGACUUUUGCCAGGAUGAAACAAAGACAAAAAUUCAGAGAGUCUGCAGGUGAGGGGCUUGAGUGCUCCGUAUCUGGAGCUUUUGCUAGUUUCUGAGAUUUCUUAUCAGCUUGGGAAAGCCCUGGAUUCAUUUUUGCUCUCACUCACCUUCCCCCUGCCUGGGGCCAGGCAGCAAGGGUAAGCUGCCCUCUGACACACAAAUACCACCAGCUGCUUCAUCCGCAGGAGGCACUGAGAACACACAAGCCAGGGAGGAGCUCCCUAAAAUAACUCCAGGGCAUCCCCCUCACCAGCUGCAUGGCUUUCCGGAGCCUUGUGGGCGAGUCUCAAGUUUGUGGUGGCAGUAGCAACGGGACAGGGCAUGUAAGGAGGAGGACAAUGCCCAGCUUGAGUUUUAGCCUUCCCGCUCCAAGGAAAAUGCUUGGAAAACCCGUUUUUUCUUGGACGCGGUAAUCUCUCCCCACCUGAUCUUUCCCAUCACAUCAGCUCCCCCACUCUGAGGGAGGAGAUGACAACUCCCCAAGGGCGGCAACCACUCUGAAAGUCCUUCCUCCAGCACAAGAGAGGAGCAAGUGUCUCCAGGCUGCAGUGCAGAACCUGGCCUUCUCACGAUGGCCUCUAGCCCAGACCAAAGCCUGUCCACCAGACUCGUGGAUUUCAAUGCUGUCACUGCAGAAGGCCGGAUGGCAGGUGCCUGGGACAAGGGCGGGUGCGCCGGGAGGACAUGUACAGCAACUGUAAAUAACCCUCUUCCCCGCCCAGGAACCCAGACUGGACUCCAGUCUCUCUUCAUGGAGACAAAGGCUUCCUGAAGCCACCCAACCUCCUUACUGUUCCUUCAAGUGGUAACUGGCCUGGGAGCUAGCAGAAUCUACCACCUUGGCCCAGGUCUCAGUGUACCUCAAACUCAUGUCUCUUUAUUGAGGUCUGGCACUACCAUUUGGAAAAUCUCAAGUUGGUGAGAGGACCCCUCACCAACCCAGCUCAGCCUGACGAGCCAGUCUGCCUGGAGCAUCCACAUCAGGAAGAAAGAAACUGCUGUGUCCUCCAGCAUCCUAGGCCAGUGUCCUCUGCCCAGCGACACAGUGGCCGUGGCUUGCCUGAUUUUUGGUUUCCACAGCUAAGCAUCACCUUCCCGGGGUUUCCGGGUUUUCAGUCUGUAUGAAACAAGUCUCUGUUCUAAUUAAAGGUCCCAUGGUAUGGUG